AUGGCUGUCGGUCCAACCAUCGGCACCGGCCUGUUCAUUGGCGCAGGCCAGGCUCUUGCCGUCGGCGGGCCUGCCUCCCUACUCAUGUCCUAUAUCAUUCUGUCCUUCCUCGCAUUCGCCAUGACCACGAGUAUGGCAGAGGUGUCUACACACAUGCCCUCGCGAUAUGGAACCCUUGUAACCAACAGUUACCUGUACAUGUCAAGCAGCGUGGCAUUCGCCUCAUCAUACCUCCGCUGGUAUACCAUCUCCAUGUUCGUCCCAUACGAGAUCACAACAGCGAUGGUCAAUCUUGGCCUCUCCAAACCAGGCACCACGAUCGCUGUUCGCUUGUUAAUCAUCACGACCAUUAUUGUUGGUUUCAAUUUCUUGCCCGACAGACUGUUCAGAAGCUCUGAGCGAAUGUUCACUUCGAUCAAGAUUGGUACAAUGGCGACCUUCUUCGUUCUGGCUCUGGCUAUUGGUCUUGGGGGUGUUGAUGGGCACACUCGCUGGGCUUUCAAGUACUGGAAAUAUCCAGGUGCCAUGAAUGAGUACAUUCUUCACGGAUUGUGGGGACGAGUGCUUGGAUUCUUUCAAUGUCUGCUUGAUGGCUCCAUUGCCUUCACCUUUGCCCCCGAGCUGAUUGUGCAUAACGCCGAAAUGCCUGCAUCGGUUGGCGAGUCAACACUUCUGGGCUUAGCAAUUCCAGGCAAAGUGUCGUCUGACAUUUUCCAAACGGCCUUCCCGUAUGUCCUGAGCUCCUUGGCCAUGGGCAUUAUGGCACCAUUCAACGAUACCCGCUUGACCAACAAUGGAACCGGCUCUGGACUGUCGCCGUUCAUGAUCGGAUUUAAAGACGCUGGCAUUCAGAUAGUACCUACCCUUGCAACAGUCGCGAUCUUGCUCUCUUCGGUGGCUUCGGGUCGAUCAUUUCUUUACCUGUCAUCUCGCACCCUGUGUGCCAUGUCAGAGCAAGGCCAUGCUCCUUCGGUUUUUUCGAUUCGCAAUCGUUGGGAUGUUCCAUACCUGGCUGUCGCAGGAUCCGCACUGUUCUCUAUCAUUGCCUUUGUUUGCGUCAAGGUCCCAAGUCCAAUCAUGAAUAACUAUCUACUUCGUCUUGUCACGAGCGGUGGUUUCAUUUCCUCGUUGGUCGGAUGCACAGUUCACCGUCACUUCCAUCGACGUCUUCGGGCAAACAGGAUCACUACUCGCUUUCGCUUUGCUAUUCAACCGUUCGGUACUUACUUUGGGAUGUUCGUCUCUGCGGCACUGCUGCUGGCCGGUGGGUUGUGGGCAGGACCCAAAGCCAUCCUCCCUGGGACCCGAGCAGCUAGAUUGGUCACUUCCUAUAUCAAUAUUGGAGUGUUUGUUCUACUCUUCCUGCUUCAUCGCUUCCGAGACCUUGUCCCUGUUGUUGAAGUUGAACGACCGAUCGAUAUGGAGGGACGCAGGCAUGGCGAUCGCGAAGCUCGGGAGGUACGACCCCAUAAGGCGCCUUUGAACCGUGGAAAACUUGAUGCCAUCCCUGAAGACUCGGAUGCCUUUGAGUUGCGACUUAAUCACAACAUGUUCGCAGAGCCCUGA